AUGUGUGUCGGCUGCGCCCGGCUGCUGGACGAGUCGCAGGUGACCCUCUCCUUCCAGGACUGGCUGGCCAGCGUCACCGAGCGCAUCCACCAGACCAUGCAUUACCAGUUUGAGGGCAAGCCAGAGCCGCUGGUGUUCCACAUCCCACAGGCCUUCUUCGAUGCCCUGCAGCAGAGGAUCUCCAGCGGGAGCUCCAAGAAGCGGCUGCCCAACUCCACCACAGCCACCCCACGUGCCCCAAAUCCCUCUGCUACCCCAUGUGCGCCACGUCCCAGUGCCACCCCAUCUGCCCCAAAUCCCCGUGCCACCAUGCAUGCCCCAAAACCCAGUGCCAUCCUGUGUGUCCCAGGUCCCUGUGUCCCCUCGCAAGCCCCCGAGCCACCCCACAUGUCCCCAUACCCACACCACCCUGCCGGGCUGUGUGUCCAAGUCCCCUGUGCCACCCCACGGGCCUCACGCUGCUCUGUCCCCGUGUCGCCCUGUGCACCCUGGGUCCCUCUGCCAUCUCCUGGACCCCCACAGCCACCCCACGUGCCCCAGGUCCCCGUGUCACCCGGUGUGCCCCAAAACCCAGUGCCAUCCCAUGUGUUCCAGGUCCCCGUGCACCCUCGCAAGCCCCCCGUGCCACCCCACAUGUCCCCAUACCCAUGCCACCCUGCCACCCUGCGUGUCUGA